AUGCUUUCUGAGAUGCCAAGAUGGUUACUUUACUCUCUUAUAUCAUCUAUUCUUUGUAUUAUGGGGAGUCUUUGUGUACCACUUUUAUCCGUGAUUUUUAAGACGAAGCAACAUCAUAAUUCAAGGUUAGUUAAUUACGGUCUUUCAUUAAGUGCUGGGUCAAUGAUCGCUACUUCGUUGGCUAAGAUGUUACCAGAAGUCACUGAAGAUAAUAAAUACACUGUAUUCUUUGGCUUUAUGGGAGGUAUAUGCGGUAGUUUAUUUUUAAACUACCUCGUUCAUGCAUUUGCCAGUGAAUCGUUGAUACAUUGUUCUCAUGAUGAAGUUGAUGAAUCAACUGAAUCGUCUACUUCUCCUCCACAUAUUAACGAGACUUCUGCAAUAUCUCAUGAUAAUAGUGUCAACGAUUAUGCUUCAAUUAGCAAUAAUACUUCGUUAUCUGAACAUGAUCCUCUUUUAAGGAAAAGUAAGAUCCAUGAUGAUAUAGAUCUUAAGGUUACCACUAACAAAUCUGUAACGAGUGAGACAGAACCUUAUUCAGCGCUAACUCAUAAGAAAUCUCUCAUUGAUUUGAUUUCUCACCAUAACCUGAAAAAUAUGGGCGGUUGUUCUAAUUCUCAUCAUUGUUCACCUUUGAUAAGUACGGAAAGUGUUCCAUGUAUUCCUCCAGCAGUACAAUCUUCUCAAAGUAUUAAAUCUGCUCAUUCCUUAAAUAGGAAUUUGACAAACGAAUCCGAAGGAUUGAAUUCCUCUUCUAACAAUGAGAUGCAAGGUCCAUGCGGUGUUCGUUGUUUAGAAAAUAAUAUAGGUUACGAUUUAGAAAACUUGUCUAUAUAUCGUAAAAAUUUUCUAGCAAAAGAUACUGUUAAUAGUAAUGAUGAUGAAGAGAAUAGGUCGAUUUCUUCAUAUAAUCCAAUAUCAUCUCAAGAACAUCAACAUUCACCAUCGCAUUCACAUUCACAUUCACAUUCACACGGCGAUAGAAACUACAGCACGGUCUCCACGAUUCAUCAUCAUCAUUUAGAAACUCCCUUCUCCAAAUUAUUAUCCAUCGGUAUGCAAACAUGUUUGGUCUUAACAUUACACAAGUUCCCUGAGGGGUUCAUUAUUUACUACACAAAUACAUCAGAUAUGUCUGAAUCUCUUGGAUUUUCCAUUUUUUUAAGUUUAACGAUACAUAAUUUUGUGGAAGGAUUUGCCAUGACAUUACCAUUCUACACAGCAUUCCAAUCGAAAUGGAUCGCUAUUGUAAUCACAACAAUACUAGGUGGGGGAUCUCAACCCAUGGGGGCACUGUUAGGUUAUUUAAUCUUCAGGAAUAAAGAAAGAGACGGUGAUGGCGAUCAACCCUUGGCACAAAUGGAUUUUCUUCUAAGUCUUACUGCUGGGUUUUUAUUAGUUAUUGGAUUACAAAUGUUUCAAACUGGGGUCGGGUUUAGUGAUGGUCAUCAUCAUCAUCAAGAUGAAGAUGAGGAGGAGAUUCAACAAAGUCAUAGUUCUGGUACAACAUGUUUAAAAUGGUGUUGCGCUGGAACUAUUUUGAUUAUUGCAAGUAGCAUGUUUACAUAG